AUGUCCCCUGCACCCAUCGCUGCAGAAGCGCAGCAAGACCAGCGGCUGGAAACCCUGGCUCGAGCUUUCGAAGCUCUUCUGAUGACCGCCCAACAACUGAACUGCAAGGAGAAAAGCUUGCAACAAAGGCUGGAAUAUGCCUCCGACGAGUAUCUCAAGCUCGCAGGAAAGCUCCCCGGCGGAGUUGACGGUCAUACCAAAGUCGUUGCGGAUAAGAUUCUUGGUCGCUAUUUCGAUUACGGCCACAACCAAAAGCAAACCAUAAAUCCUCCGGACGUAGUAAAGGCGCUUGGCGAGUCCGGGAACGUAGGGGAUCUCGCCAUGACCGCUAUAAAGGAAGGGCUGACGUGCUAUCAAUCCAUCAUCCCUCCACUUGAGGCUAGGCCGCUCUCGGAUUUCAACUCGUGUCUUGUGGCGACGAGAGCCGGAGUGCCUGCUCCCCUAGAGAAAGACUUCACUACCAAGGGCACGCAGGGAAGUUUGCGUUGUCCUUUUGCGAAGCAUAACAAUAAGACCUCUGAAAACGGUGUGUCCAAUCACAAUGGGAUCGAGGAUCCCCUAAAGGACCAGAAUGGGGAUGCGUGUGGACAUGCCGAACUAGACCCUAUCAAAGCCGAACAGAGUGAUAGACGCUCGAGCCGGGCACCAUCGACGCGGUCGUCGGCCACCCGAUGCCCGGUUUCUCGGUGUCCUAUAAGGUAUCUAGACCAGCAUAGUCCGGAGGAGAUAGCCGACUAUGUUGAGAGACACAAGCAUGAGAUUCCUCGAAGCCAUGCCGUCUGCGUUCAACGGUACCAGCGGGACUCGCAGACUAUGCGGCAGCUGGAUGCAAAGUACGGUAGCCUUAUCAAUAUGAUCCAAGGCUUGUCCGCCAAACAUCGGGCGUUCCUGCCGGAGCAGAGCCCAAAUGGCACGGCACCCUCGAGCUCUUCUGCUGAACGAGUGGAGAAAUGGGCGCAGGAAGUUGGGCUGAAGUCGGAGAUGCAUCCCACGAUCAAAGAAGAGGAGGAGGAAGAGGCGGCGGCGGCGGCGGCGACGACGACUGAACAGGCGGAAGAAGAGAGGAAGGGCCGUUUCGAUCGUCCUCUGCGUGAAAUCCGGGUUGGCGAAUCCCCAAGCAGGCCCUGGGGGAUUCCUGUCCCGGUAUCACCUCUACCUCCCACCGCAUCAGCACCUGAUUCACCCGCUGUACCUGCUGCUGCGGCCUCCAUCGAUCCGGCCCCAUCCAAGCCGGCCAAACCCGCGGCCGCAGAUGUACCCUCGAUGGCGCCUCUUGGUGACACGGCUCCGCCCAAGAAGGGUCGGUGUCCCUUCGGACACGGUGCGCCCUCCGGUGACAAGCCAGCACCCAAGAUGGAGACCAUCCCCAAGCAUGAUGAAGCAACUGCAGCCGACGAUCCUGUUGAGCAGAACGACGGUGAAGCACGCGAUACUCCCCCCAGCCCACCGAAGAAACCAGCAGCCAGCAUCGUGUUCAAUGGACCGGUGUUUUUCGGGUUUCCAGCCGAGCAGACUGCCGCGUUCCUGCAGCAGCUGGGCCAGCUGGGAACGAAUGGGCUGUCCUAG